GCACCCACCCAGUCGCUCUACUGGCGCUCAGUCAAUCCCAGUAAACACAGGGACAGUACUGCGCGCCCCUUCACCCCUUUUUAUUUUAUUUCGCGUUAACUAUGGACUCCAACAACGAAGAAACUGCAAUGAAGGAACCCAGGAGACGAGAACGUCCGGCAGGUACAAGCAGGUAUGCGUCACAAGAUGUUGAAGCUUUGGAGGAGACGGGCUCUGAUAUUGGCUUCUGUGGCUGGUUGUUGGUUGCGCUCUCCAUUCUCCUCAUGCUGGUUACUCUGCCAAUCUCCAUUUGGAUGUGCAUUAAGAUUGUGAAGGAGUACGAGCGAGCCAUUAUCUUUCGCCUGGGGCGCAUUUUGCGAGGAGGAGCCAAAGGCCCAGGGCUGUUCUUCAUCUUGCCGUGCACUGACAGCUUUAUUAAUGUGGACAUGCGCACCAUCACCUUCGACAUCCCACCGCAAGAGGUUUUGACCAAAGAUUCAGUGACAGUCAGUGUUGAUGGUGUGGUGUACUACCGCGUCCAGAAUGCUACUCUGGCUGUAGCUAACAUCACGAAUGCAGAUGCUGCGACCCGCCUGUUGGCCCAGACCACCCUGAGGAACGUCCUGGGAACUAAGAACCUGGCUGAGAUCCUGUCUGACCGCGAGGAGAUCGCACACAGUAUGCAGUCCACCCUGGACGACGCUACAGACGACUGGGGGAUCAAGGUGGAGCGGGUGGAGAUCAAAGACGUCAAGCUGCCUCUUCAGCUCCAGAGAGCGAUGGCUGCUGAGGCCGAGGCCAGCCGGGAGGCCAGAGCCAAGGUGAUCGCAGCAGAGGGAGAGAUGAACGCGUCGCGGGCGCUGAAGGAGGCGUCGCUGGUGAUCGCCGAGUCUCCCUCCGCCCUGCAGCUGCGUUACCUUCAGACCCUCAACACCAUCGCCGCCGAGAAGAACUCCACCAUCAUUUUCCCACUGCCGCUGGAGAUGAUGCAGGCCUUCAUGAAACGCUGAGCAGGAGUCUCACACACAUCGUCCACACACAC